AUGACAGAAUCUGUUAUAGACAUGGACCAGAAAGAGAAGCUGGUGGAUAGAAGAGAAGAAGAAGAUGAAGAGAAAGAGAAUGGAGAUAACGGGCCAUCUUCGAGUGAAAACACAUCUUUUUUAACGGAGCUAAAUUUAAUUCUUCUACUUUCAUUUCUCUCAUUAUCGUCUGAAGAAUGUUACGAUUCUGAGGAGGUUAAGGAGACGGAGAAUAUCAAAGAUCACAAAGUUGUGCAAACCGCGUCGAGAUCACAGACUAGAAGACAAAAUGUAAAGGAAUUUAAAGCUCUUGAUCGGCAAGCGCCAAGAUUACAAACGAAGAUAAGAGAUUGCAGGCACAACAGAAGAAUGUGA